CUCGGACUGUUUUCAAACAUAAAUCGGUCAUAGAGUCACGAUCAAAUUCGCAGCCAACUGGUGUGACCUUAGAAGCACCACCUGAAAAUGGAAGCACAAGAAGGAGGCGCACACAAAGCUCAAACAACAACAACGAUCUCCUCAGACACCCUAAUUUCAGAUACUGAAACAAAUCAGCAAUCAACAACGCGUGACCAGAAUUCUCAGGAAGAUCAAGAAGAAGAUAAUGGAGCUGGUGAAUCGAAACCCUCGAAAUUUGGUCAGAAAGAGAUUCUGGGAGCGCUCAAAGUGGUCGAGAGGGACUCCGUGGCGAUUGCCGAGAGCUUCACCACUCUCUUCGCUUCUCUCCGUUUGGCCCUCUCUGAGGUUACUAGCAGUUCGGUUGAUCAUAUGCAUUGCUUCAGUGAUGCAGCGGGGCGCCUUCAAGAAUGUGCACUUGAUGCAACGACAAAGGGAAAUCGUUAUAUAAAUUCGUGUCUCAGAUUGAACGAGGAAAUGAAAGGCGUUGACAGUCUAGCCAUGCAGCUAAAGGUCUUGAGGAGGAAUGUUGAUACUCUGGAUUCAGCUGUAAACAGACUCCUCCGUCUGCCAUGAUGAUCUACUCGAUAUACUGUGGGUCGAUAAUGAUGUUUAAUAAUUCAAUGUUCUUCUGUACAUGUUUUAUGCUGAUUUAACUUGGAUAUUCAUUUAACGUUUGUUAUGGGUGAUACCAUUACCUGUUGAACUGUCUGGCUUGGAACUAACAAGGGGAUGUUUGACCUUUCUAGUUCAAUGGUUAUUUUGAGUUCUUUCUUACA